AUGAAACAAUUUUCCUCCACACUCCUCAUUCUUUUUUUCUCACAAUAUUGUGAAGCAUUUGUCUUGUAUAAUUGUGCUAGAGUGUGCUCUCGGUGGAGGAAAAUCAUUCACAAUCGAGUGGAUAUCUCACUCGGAAAGGAAGAUUUAAAAAUUGUUAAUUAUUCAAAUCAUGAUGAGAUUUUAUUGAAUGAUUUUACAUAUAUUAUUGAAAAUUAUUGGAGUGAAGACAUAAUAGGUGAUGAUUUUCAAUUACUUGAUGAGGAAAAUGAGGAUAAUAAGAAUGAUGAAUUGACCAAUUCUGUCUGUGAUUGUAACAAAUUAAUUUCAUCUCAUUCGAAUAUUGUUGUUAGAAAGAUUUCAUGCUCAACAAUGGAUUGCUCAUGUUUUGCUAGAAAUUAUCACAAUGGCAAACACUUUUUAAAACCUGAAAAUGGAUUAUUAGAUUUGGAUUAUUCAUUUCCAAUUAUUGAAUGCUCAGAUGAUUGCAGUUGUGAUUCCACUAGAUGUAGGAAUAGAAUUACUCCCAUUCACUAUUUGGGAACUAUUGACAAACCAUUAUAUUUAUUUUCAAUUGGAGAAUGUGUUGGAUUUGGAGUGAAAUGCAAAAAUUUCAUACAAAAGGGAGAGUUCAUUAGUGAAUAUAUUGGAAAAGUUCUUUCAGACAAAGAAUCGAAUGAGAUUUUAAAUUCGAGCAUACAGGACAAACAUCAUUACCUGUUGAUUAUCAAGGAAUAUUUUCACAUUUCACAGGCAUUAGAAUCCAAACAAAAAUACGAAACUAGACGAUUAAAUAUUGAUGCAGAAAAGUUUGGAAAUGUGAGUAGAUUUUUCAAUCACAGUUGUGAUCCAAAUCUCACAUGGAGAGUCCUAAGAACAUGCUCAGAAGAUCAUCCACGAUUAUUCUUCUUUGCUGCCAAAGAUAUUCCAGAAAAUACUGAACUGACAUUUGACUAUGGUGAGGGCAAUACUUUACAAAACAAUGAAUCAGCAAAUUUACAAUUUUCUCAACGCAAGUGCCAAUGUAAAUCUCAAAAUUGUAAAGGUUUCCUCCCUCUCGUGUCCAUCAAAUAG